AGGCCAGCAUUCGACAAAACCAAUUGCAUGUGUGUGGUGGAAGCCUCAUCUCACCGGAGUGGGUGGUGACAGCUGCUCAUUGUUUUGAAGGACAACUGUCCCUCCCUCAGUAUCGAGUACAUCUGGGAGAGCAUGACCUCCCCCGACCUGCGCCCACCAUGGUGUCAUCUGCUGUCAGCCAAAUCAUUUUGCACCCUUAUUACGCCGGGGCUGGGCUCAGUGGUGAUAUUGCCCUGAUGCGGUUGAAGAAACCAGUCAGCUUUUCCAGAAGCAUCUCACCCAUCUGCCUGCCAAGUGCUUCAGGCCCGGAACCCUUUCCUGUGGGGAUGAAGUGUUGGAUCACCGGUUGGGGCCACGCCUUCCCAAAAGCCCCCCUCAUUGCUCGGACACUGCGGGAAGUAGAGGUGCCAAUCCUUGAUGGCGAUGAGUGUGACCAAAUGCUUCACAACAACACCAGCGAUACCACCAACAGCACCUCUGUCCACGAUGACAUGAUCUGUGCUGGGUACCAAGAAGGACAAAAGGACUCUUGCCAGGGUGACUCCGGGGGACCCCUGGCCUGCAACCAGAACAACACUUGGUUUCUGGCUGGAGUGGUGAGCUUUGGGUUAGGCUGUGGAGAGCCCAACCAACCGGGAGUCUAUACCCGGGUCACCUCCUACAUGGACUGGAUUCAACGCACCAUGGCAGAGAACAAUGGGACCCACCUCUCAAGAGCCAGUGGCGUGACCUUCUUGCUGCUGCAUCUUCUCCUGGGCUUGACCAACAUGCUUUGGUGACUCACACUAACUCCACCCCUUGUGCUUCGGAAGAGUCGUUCUGCUUUAUUAGGCAAAUGGACACAUCCGGAGCAGGAUUUCGGAAUGGCCCAAGACUGGUUUUUGUAGGCUGAGCUUUGAGUAGGGAUGCCAUCACGAGCUUUGUCACCCUCGGAAAGAUCUGCAAAGAGAACUUUAUCAUCCUAGUUGUUGAAUUGGCAAGUGGCAACAAAGUCCAACCGGAAGAGAGGUGGAUGGAGACAGAAGCAUAAAGCCCAACUGGUUUGCAAAAUAUAGAACAUGAUUGUAGGAAAGAGGCUCCUGAAAAAGAGCACAGACAAAACUGGACCGUAGAAUAAGCGAAACAAAAAGCCCACCAACCAAUAGCCUAAAGAAAAUGCCGUGGACAUGCCCUGUGCUAGUUUUGAGGCUGAGGCCUGCUGGGGCUCGAGUCCCGUGGAUCCAAAAGCUCUCUCUUGCUUUUCAACUUCAUUUCUCUUGCAGUUUAAAAGCCAGAUAGUUUGUGUCCACCGGUGCGAAAAUGUUUGGUUACUGGUUGUCGUAAUCCUUGCAGACAAUUAUGUGGAUAAGACAACAAAAAUUAUUAUGAAAAAAAUUGUAAACAACCAUGGUGUGUGUCUGUGUGUGACCCCCUCCCCCGCCCACCCAAGAAUGCGCUUGUGUGAUGAAAUGAGAUUGGAGAAUAAACCGUAUAGAGAUAUCUGGAUACGAAGUGUGCCUGGCAGAGACAAGCCCUGCAACUCUGUCUGGGGAACUCCCUUGUAGAGAAAAGCUGUUCGAGCAGUUGGAAUCUUGAGGGCAAUGGUUGGCAGGAGGAGUGUGUACUGUGAAGAUACAGAAAGGCCAGUUAGGGAAGCACUCCCUGGGUAGGGCUGCUUCUGUGCGGCGCUGGGAUCAGGCCCGCUAUCAGCACUGCCUCCCCUGCAAGCCCAGGUUUUGUACCUGGGCUUUUACCUGGGUUAAAGGGAGCAAGCACACCCUUUACCCCAGGUAUGGGGUUGUGUGUAUACACAGAGUUGGAUGCCUAGAGUGCCUUACUCCCAGGGGAAUCCCCCAAUGCACUGUGCUCAUCGCACAGUGCAUUGUGGGAUUCCUGGAGUGAUCCCCAGCCUCCAGACAUCCGCGCUGCCCAGAGCAGUGUGGUUCAUGUUGAUGAGCUGUGGCAUGCUAGAGAGGAUGUCUGGGGUGGUUGUCUGGGGUGGGGAUCGUCUGGGGUGGGGGGAAGGUAGGUUUCACCCUGCCUCCCCCCCCACCUGCCCACCUGGCUGUGAGCAUAGCCUCAAAUAUGAACUGGGAAGAAAGUGAGUGUGUGGAAACAAAUGAAAAAGAAAGACCCCCAAAGACUUGCCUUGACCUGAUAUGUGCCCCAAAGAGAAUACGAGUUAAGGUCUUGGUAAACAGUCUCUGGUAAGCAGUUCCUGCUCCAUCAUCAGAAGACUGAAAGGUACCCCAAACAGAGCGCGAAGCUUCUUUCUUCCACAGGCAUAAAAGCAGACUCCUAGAAGUUUUAUACCGGAAGUAACUGAAAGUAAACUAUACUGUCAUAGAAAGUGAUCUGUAACCAAGCAAGAGAACUACCUUGCUUAUUAAGAAGAGAAACAAGAAAACCUCAGAAACUGUCAAUUGACAAAUCUUUCUUUGUUUUGUGAAAUGAUAAAGGAGAGUGUCUCCAUCUGUACCUCCACAGCUACAUCACUGCAUUACCAAACCUGAACCCCUAUAAAGGGAGUUCCUGGUUAUUAAGAGAGCGUAUAUACAGUAGUGGCAGCGAAACAAGAUCCUGUUGGGAAGAUUAGAAAAUAAAACCUUUAAAGAAGUCUUAGUAAAUACACACAAA